UCACAAUUAAGCUUUUAAUUGGAAGUGGACUUGCACAACAGCUGCAGGAUGUAGGGCACAGUUUAUAAAAAUGCUUCAAUGUCUACUAGGAAGAGAGGAGCUGCUGUGAAGUCUAGGUUCAGAGAUGUUCAGAUCCCAGCUGAUCUAUGUACAGGUUCAAAAGUCCUCAUCGAAAGGCGUGUUGGGACUUCAGUUGAAAGUGAAAUCCGCAUCACCCUCCAGGAAGGCUGGCUGUUUGGUGUAUUAGUUGUCAGUCACGCACACCUGGUCCAAAAACGGCUGGCGUCUGAAACGGCUCAAGACCUGCUGGAGGCAACUUGGUUGACCCACGGAUGCUGUGAACCAGGAGCUGACCAAAAAGCGGGAGAGCUCCAGGAUUCCUCCCCAGAAGAGGGUGCCUGCUGGGGUGUGUGCAGAAGAAUGGCUGCGGCAGAACCUCUGACCGCUUUCUCCCGAUGGUACCUCUACGCCAUUCACGGCUAUUUCUGUGAGGUGAUGUUCACAGCUGCCUGGGAGUUCGUGGUCAACUUUAACUGGAAGUUCCCAGGUGUAACCAGUGUGUGGGCACUCUUCAUCUAUGGCACCUCCAUCCUCAUUGUGGAGAAGAUGUAUCUAUAUCUCAAAGACAAGUGUAACAUUUUAGUGCGCUGCUUCAUUUACACACUUUGGACAUACCUCUGGGAGUUCACCACCGGCCUCAUCCUACGCCAGUUCAAUGCCUGCCCAUGGGACUAUUCCCAGUUUGAUUUUGACUUCAUGGGCCUCAUCACCCUGGAGUAUGCCAUCCCAUGGUUUUGUGCUUCUUUCAUCAUGGAGCAGCUGGUGAUCAGAAACACCCUGCGCUUGCGAUUUGAUGAGACUGCCGAGCCAGGGGCCCCCACCAUCCCUGUUGCCUUGGCCAACGGCCAUGUGAAGACUGAUUGAGCAGUGACUCAGAACCACACUUAGCAAUCUGAGAGAGCCCAGACCUCUACCAUGGACUGUCAGCUCUGGCUCUGAGGUACUGCUCCUUGCUGUAUGAUAAGAUUCAUAAACCCCAUUUUUCUAAUGGGGGUGUGCAUGGGAUAUACUAGAAAAAAAAAAAAAAAUGGAACCAAUAGAUUUUCUAUGGAUUUUACUCUUUGGGCUCCAAGGACCAAUAUCAGUUACUUGUUAGUUAGGUCAUUUCUGAUUUUAACUUAUUACAGAUGAAAGCAGUCCUUUUGCUUACACUUUUAUGUGGAGAAAGAAGAAAAAGAAAUGCUACAGCAGAAAUACAUCCAAAAAGAAAAAAAACCCUAAUUAGCGGAUGGGCAUGGACACACGCCAGCUAAGUUAGUGAUUGGCUUAUUCCAUUAGGCAAUAUUCAGGUGCUUGCUUGCAACCAAUACCUCCCGUGGGACCUGAGAUGCUGCAGGAACAAGGAAAAUCCAUCUGCUGUUGAGAAGAACCUAAGACUGGCCGUCUGUUGGGGAGGUAGAUGGUUUUCCCCUCGUGAGGUCCCACUGGCCUCUCCCCAGGUUCUUUGUUGCACCAUGAAAUAAUCCGGUGCUGGACAUCUUGCUGAAUUUAUACAGAUCUUGUACUUUUUGAAAUCUCAGUCCUGAUAUUCCCUAGAUUUUUUUUUCUUUUUUUUUCUUCUUUUUUUUUUUGUUGUUGUUGUUAAUAAAGGCCUUUAUUGCCGAGUGAAUUUUACCAUAAUCUGUGCAAUCUGAAUCUUGGCAAAAGGCACAAGAAAUAGCAUAAGUCUUCCCACCUCCUCUGUCCCCCCAGAGCAGACCUUGCCUGAGGGUCUGUUGCAGAUUGCAGCUCCCAUCCCAGCCGUGCAAACCUUGUAGAGACUGUACAGGCCACAGGAGUUUUCUGCCUUCCUUCCCAGGGAUUUCUCUGUUUCCUCUGUUUCUGGUGAUGUUGAUGACUUACUCUGGCUGCAACCCAUUGUAUUUGAAAGUCGAAAUCUUCAUGUGUUUAAUGUGGUAUCCAGAAUUUGAUCCUCUGGCACUGACUCUCACCUUCCUUCAGCACUGGCAGGUCCUGGCUCAGUUCUGCCCACUGUUCCCCUCAGUGUAUCACAAGGAUUUGCUUUUUCUGCCCAAAUUCUACUUUAAAUAAUACAGCCAUAUUGUCAUGACAGUAAUUGGAGGCAGCAAGAGAUAUGCCAUGCUGCCUGAUACAUUAUUAAGAAACCCAAAUUACUCGAGCAAAGAAUCCCUCUCUGAAGAGCAGGCAUGCUCUGCCUGAGCGAGGCUUUUGAGUUAGGGUGGGAGAGCAGCAGUAGAGGGGUAGAGUGAGACAGAGUGCCUGUGGCUCAGUUGUAGAACUACCUGCACCAGGGACAGUUUGAAAUUUAAUUUACUGGGGACAUUUGAGGAAUACAGAAAAAGUUGCAGUGCAGGGAAAGUGCUUGAUAGUGGCAGCCACAGGUUCAUAAUUCGCUCUGGCAAGUCUUGGCUUUUGAAAUUAGCAACAAACAUGGAGCUUUCAGCUGUCGGAUGUAUCUCACUCCUAACUGGUUUAUGAGGAAAGUUUGCUGUAGGUGCCCUGUAGGGCCAGGUUAAUUUUAAGUGUUCUUCCGACAUAGUCAACAGAGCUGCCCCAGGGAUCAGUUUGGCUUGAAAUGCAAACGUGUUGUAGGAUUCCACUCUUGUGCUGGAAAUGGCUGGGCUAUUUCUCUGUGGGUUCCCUGUCUCUGGUAGGGAGUGCUCAGCUGUGAACCUGCUCCUUGCUCUGGGGCAUCCAUUCCUGAGGGGAAAAGCACUCCUGGCCCUGUGAGAGGAAUUGUUUGUUGGUUCUGCACUUACUAAGGCAGUGUUAAUCCUUUUUUGUAUCACACAGAGUGCUAUUAUUUUACUCCUCCUCUCCCCCUUCUCAGGUGGCAUCCGUUGCUGGCAAUGGACACAUGAAAACACUGGUGGCAAGGAGCUAAUCAAAUGUGCCCUGGGGUAUGCAGUGUCUCCCGAAGCACCCAGAAUACUUAAGUGGGAAUUUAGAGUUACUUGUUUUAUAGUUCAUUAAAUGAAAAGAGAACAAACCUGAACAGCUUUUUUUUUUUCUUUCACGCUGUGAUGCCAGUAUUAUGAAAUCAGAGGAACAGCAUGUAGUUUAUCAGCCUUGAUGGUCUCAGGUGAAACAGUCACCUCACACUGUACCUGGG